AUGGAAGUUGCCAACUUCGCUCUGCAGGCAAACACUCCGUUCAACUUCAUCCAGAGCAUAGCCUCAUUCAGUGCACCCGUCACGUCUCGCCCCUACCGCGUUAAUCCCCCGGUGGCGAAACAAGUUGACGCGAUCCUUGACCAAUAUCUUGCGGCAGCUUUGAUCCAACAGUCGACCUCGCCUUACUCGAGCCCUUUGGUAGUCAUACCGAAGACACCUGGUGGCGUUCGCAUCACCGUCAAUUAUCGCAAGCUCAACAAGCUUUGUGCUUUGAGUCAGCUUCCGAUUCCUCGAGUCGAUGAUACUUUGGACAAGUUGUUGAAAGGGCGAAUUUAUUCUCUUUUCGACAUGAAAUCUUCGUUCCACCAAAUCACGGUGCACCGCGAUACAACCCCUUUGACGGCAUUCGUGACAUCUUCCGGGGUUUUCGAGUGGUUGAAGAUGCCUCAAGGCAGUUCGGCUGCCCCUGGGUUUUUUUGCAAAACUCCGCGGUGUUGCAUCGAGAAGUUUGUCUUCACCCCUUCCAUGGAUCAAGCCGUUCGCGUUUUGUUAGCUGAGUUGGCCAAUCCUCCUGUUUUGGUUUAUCCAGAUUGGGAUGCCGUUUCAGACGGCUCGCGACCUUUUCAUCUUUACUGUGAUGCUAGUCGCGAUGGGUUUGGUGGGACUCUCGAACAAGAACAGCCAGAUGGUUCCAUUCGCCCAAUUGUCUUCAUCAGUCGGGCUACUUUGGACUCAGAAGGCCACUGGACUCCCCUCGAUCUCGAAGCGGGUAGCAUCGUGUGGUGUAUCAAGCGCCUUCGCGGCUUCUUGUGGGGUACAAAAUUUCGCAUGUUUACCGACCACAAAUCUCUCGAGCAUUUUGCUAAGGUGGGGGAGAACAAUGCCCGCGUUCAGCGCUGGCUGGGAUUUCUUACCGCCUACAAUUACACUCUCGACUAUCGCAAGGGUCCCGCAAAUGGCAACGCUGAUUUCCUUUCACGCCUUCCGGUCGCUGCGGCUGAAUGCGAUCGUUCUGGUGGCAGCCGUCUGACCCCGGCUGAGGAUGAGGAGGCAGUGUUUUUCAUCCGUUCGUGUGGCCUUACCCCUUCCGACCGUUUCAGCCGCCGUGCUGACAUGUACGCGGUUACGGCUGCAGAAUUCACCGCCGAAGGCACCGCUGACAUCCUUGUCAACAGGAAUAUCUCCAUGUGGGGUUGCCCGUUGAGUCUUUUGUCUUACAACGGCUGUCAGGUUUGCUCUAAACUGUCCCAAGCCGUGUAUGCCCGUCUUGCUAUCCGCAAAGUGGCAACUAGCUCGCACUAUCCUAAUGGAAAUGGGGUGUGGAGGGUGUCAACUACACUAUGGCUCAGACGUUAG